AAUAGCACUGAGAGGCAGAGCAGGACGUAGACAACAGCAGAGCAAUUUAAACAGAACGAUAAAGAAUGAGGAUAGCUUAGAUUCCUGAACACAGCCAGUGAUGGAAGGGGCAGGUUUCCUGGAUUAUAUUAUUUGCUGAUGUUUGGAACAACAGGAUCAGUCUCUGAGGCAAUCAUGCUCUGAAGGCCUUCAGCACCAAGGCUGCACACAACGGCCAAGGCACAGAUAGAAGCACAGGGGCGGAGGCUGGGAAACAGGGCCUGAGGAUUUAGACACUGAUUAAAGACAGCAUGAGAACAUCCAGGAAGGGAAGCGUAGAAAUGCCAGCUUUUGUCAGGCAGCUGGUGAAGGAGACAGAGAAACGGGUCACCUCUUUUUUUAAGGGGGGGCGUGGGGGAGGAGGGGGUGAGCCGGCUGAAGGCGAGGAGGCUGGAGAGGAGGAAGGGGUCAUCCCCAGUCCUUACCUUGAACGUCCUGUGCUGGACAAAUAUUUUGAAGAGGGCUGUGCCUCCUGGGGUCUCACCUAUGCUCUGGGCAGCAUGCAGGGUUGGAGGGCCCACAUGGAGGACUUCCAUAACUGCUUCCCUCAGCUUGGUGGAGAGCUCUCUCACUGGGGCUUCUUUGCAGUGUAUGAUGGUCAUGCUGGUAGCACAGUGGCUCAACACUGCUCACGAAACCUGCUGGAGCACAUACUAGGUACAGGUAAGAUCCGGGCGGAGGAAGAUAUGGAGCAUGUAACUGAAGGCAUAAGGGAAGGGUUUUUCCUCAUGGACAAACAUCUCCAUGCAAUGGCAUGCCGUGAGGGCUGGGAGCGUGGUGGCACCACUGUGGUCUCCACUGUGAUCACUCCACACCAUAUCUACUUUGCAAACUGUGGAGACUCACGGGCAGUUUUGUGCCGUGCCGGGCAUGUGGCUUUUUCGACAGAAGACCACAAGCCUUUCUGUCCGGGGGAGAAGGAGCGCAUCGAGAAUGCUGGUGGUUCAGUCACUUUGCAGCGUGUUAAUGGUUCCUUGGCUGUAUCCAGAGCUCUUGGUGACUUCAGCUACAAGUCAGUCGAGUGGCGUCCAGCUACUGAGCAAAUGGUCUCUCCAGAACCAGAGAUUUCAGUCGUGGAGCGCUCACCAGCGGAUGAAUUUUUAGUUCUGGCAUGCGACGGUGUUUGGGACACAGUCAGCAAUGAGGAACUCUGUGCGUUUGUUCGCAGCCGACUGCGAGUUUGUACAGACUUGCGAGAGGUCUGCUCCCAGGUCAUCGAACUUUGCCUCUAUAAGGGAAGUCUUGACAAUAUUAGCGUUAUAGUGGUGUGCUUUCCUGGCGCCCCCCAGCUUUCUCCAGAGGCAAUACAUCAGGAGGCUGAGGUAGAAGACUACUUGGAGGCGAAAGUUGCUGAAAUCUUCGAGGAGCUGAGUGGAAGAGGAGACGAGCCUGACCUCUUGUCAGUUCUUACUGUUCUGGCUGCAACAGAGAUCCCCGGGCUACCACCAGGGGGCGGCCUUCAGAGCAAACGAAACUGCAUAAUUUCGGCUUACUAUCAACAAAAGGAGGUCCGUAAAGCCAGAUUAGCCCAGGAACUUGGUUCUGCAGAUUCGACAUAGAGUCACCUCCUAAACCCCUACUAUAGACAGACUGACACCUAUAUACUCUGUCAUGUAAAAGAAAAAUCUUUCUAUCAUGAGAAUCUUUCUAUUAUUCUAUUACGUGAGAAAUGAGAAUUAUAAGUUUUAUCUAACUGCAGUCAAUAAACUUGGUUUUGCCUUGUUAUUUUAGGGAGUGGGGGAGAAUCUCUCAGUAGAGAUUUAGAAGUAGCUAGGAUUAUUUCAAACCACUCACUUCCCAAGAUAACAAUUAUUUAUUGUUAUCUGUAUGUACUUCUGGCUUAUUUCCCAAUUGUUUUCUUAUAUAUGAAAAAUAUAUUCAAUUUAAAAAUGGCAACACUCAGGUAAUUUGUAAAAACUAUAAAACAAAGAAUUUUAAACAAAGGGUUUUAAAGAAAUAUUCUGGUGUUACAGAGACCGUUUUUUGUAGCAUUAAGUCUUACCGAGCGCGUCAGGAUGACAGUGGUGUUUCUGAUUAGACAUAUUCUACAGUUCAGCACAGUACAAAUAUAUACAGCCGCAGACACUCAUGAAGAUCUUCAAAUGUCUUUUCCUGUAAUUUGAUCUGAUGUUUGCAUGAUCUGUAAUGUGCUGCCCUACUGGCCACCUAUAAUAUCAAUUAGAUGGACAUCAUUAAUAUUAUUCAUAGAUUUCUUUCUUCUGAAUUGUCUAUUCAACAAAAUUUAAUUCCUGAUUGUAUGAUGUUAUGUGACAUGACCUUUGUGCAUAUUUCACACAUCUAUAUGGACAAUGUUUGUGGUAUUUAAAGGUCAAAUCCUCAAAAAUAAAGGAAUAAAACAGAAGAGCUGGUUAAUAAAAUGCAGGUUUAUUUGUAGCAGCCUCGGCCUUAUAGUAUAAAGUAUUGCCUAGUCUAAAUGUCUAAAGUUUAAACCAUUGAAACGGGGGUUUCUAAACAUUUAAGAUGCAUCUAGUCAUGAACAUCUUUAUAAAGCAGAAGUAUGUAACUUUUAGGGGUUUAGGGAUUUGGUGACUUCUCUAGUAGUAAUGUGUUACAGUAUUUUAAGCUAUUCAUGGUGGAACAUGUUGCAAUGUCAGUGGUGCUAUGAGUCAAUACACAUUACACAAUACGUUUUUAAAUAGUGUAAGGUUGUGGUGUCGCACUACAAUGAUGAGUUUUAAAAUAAUCCAGUCCAAAAUUCCCAGUGCUGAAUUAAUAUUUUUAGGCCUUUCACGGCAACCCACAGCAGUAUAAUUAUUUGGCAUGCCUCGAAAUAUUUUUUUUUAAAUAGUCAAAAAUGUGACUCUAUUUUUAACAAAGUAAGACAAGUUCCAUACUGCAAUUUAAACUUUGUAAUUUCCAACCAUAAACCAUUCCCAAUACAAUAAGUCACAAGAGUAAGUCACAUGUAGCAUACUAGACCCUUUUUUUCUUUCGCCCAGUCAUGAGCCAGGAGUAUCCAAUCCAACCUCGGUUUCAAACCCAGUGUUUAUGCUUUUACUCCAGUAGACAUAAAAAUGCAGGACUUCCAUUUGAGAAAUAUUUUUUCCAUGAUCUUGUCACCAGUAAACUGAAGACAAGAUCAUGGGAAGCCAAAGCUCAUCUACAGUAUGGGACUAAAGGCUAGCCUGUCAAAGUAAUACAAAUUUCUGGAAAAAAGGGUAAUGCUGGCCACAGAAAGAUAUCAGAACACCCAGCGCAUCACAGCCUGCCGCAUAUGGAGCUUAGCAGGCAAAGAGUUCAAGACUGUUGUUCUGGCUUCAAAAUUCAAGUCUCAUGGCAUGUACCAGACAAACAAGCCUGACCCAUGGAGGCCUCACCCUGCAAACCCACAGGACCCAAAGGAACCACUGAUACCGUCACAGUGACAAACACCACAGCACACUACCAGAGGUCUUGUGGAUUCAUGCCUCAAGAAGCCACAGCUGCCCAGUGGUACAUGGGAAAACUACACAAUAUUGGCCUUAAUGUUUUGGGUUUUAAUGUUAUGGAUAAUCCGUGUAAAGUAUAUUUGCCUAAAAAUGACAUAUCAUGCUUUUUUAUGUAUUUACUUACAUAUAUAAAACAAUACAUUUAAUGUUAUGAACAGGGAACAUCUGUGCUACUCUGUUACCAUUUAUGUUUUAGCAUUUUAACUUCUAAUACAAAAAACUAUUCUUAUCAUAUUACUGAGCAAAUACAAAAUAUACACCCCUUGGUUUUAAAGAUCUUCAGGUGUGUGAAAACUUAAAGUUACACCUUUACCUGUGAAUGUUACAAAACGGUGACACCAGACAGUACUUGCACAAAUGUUAAAUAAAACUCUCCU